UUUUCGGCUUUCGGUUCGGAGGAGGCAACGGUGCAACUUUCUUCGGUCGUCCCGAAUCCGGGUUCAUCCGACACCAGCCACCUCCACCAUGCCGCCCAAGUUCGACCCCAACGAGAUCAAAGUCGUGUACUUGAGGUGCACCGGAGGCGAGGUCGGCGCCACAUCCGCCUUGGCCCCUAAGAUCGGUCCUCUGGGUCUGUCUCCCAAAAAAGUUGGUGAUGACAUCGCCAAGGCUACCGGUGACUGGAAAGGCCUCAGGAUUACAGUGAAACUGACCAUCCAGAACAGACAGGCCCAGAUUGAGGUGGUGCCCUCUGCCUCUGCCCUGAUCAUCAAAGCCCUCAAGGAGCCACCAAGAGACAGGAAGAAGCAGAAAAACAUUAAACACAAUGGAAACAUAACUUUUGAUGAGAUUGUCAACAUUGCCCGGCAGAUGAGACACCGGUCUUUGGCCAGAGAACUUUCUGGAACUAUCAAGGAGAUCCUGGGUACUGCACAGUCUGUGGGCUGCAAUGUGGACGGCCGCCACCCUCAUGACAUCAUAGAUGACAUCAACAGCGGUGCGGUGGAGUGCCCAGCUAGUUAAGAAGCAACGAGAAGGGGUUGGGAAUUUAGCUCAGUGGUAGAGCGCUUGCCAAGCCCAAGGCCCUGGGUUCAGUCCCCAGCUCCGGAAAAAAAAAAGCAACAAGAAAAUAUUUAAAUAAAAGACUAUCUGAUAAACCAG